AUUUUCUAAGAAAACAAACAUAUUCUUUUGUUUAAUUCAAAUAAGAUAAGUAAGCUUAGAAAAAGAAAAGGCAAGAAGAAGAAAAUUAAGAUGGGAAUGGUAGUGGUGAUUUCUCUUCCUUUUAUAUUCUUUUGUUUAAUUCUUGGUUUUGGUUGUUACUUCUUUGGAAGAGCUAGAGGAAGACGUGAAGUAUUCACCAACCCUCAAGUUUAUGGUAUGCCAACUCCGCCACCAGGCGCUCCAAUUGCAAAUACCUUCCCUUCACCUCCUCAGCCUCAUUCCAAACCAAACUUUGCUUCCAAUGUUUGAGUUCAACUCAUAGCAAAUUGCAUAUAUAUAUUUGUACUAUAAUCUUUAGUAUGUGUCUCAAUUUUUUCUAUGUAUCGCAGUAAUUGUUGAGUCUUUGAUUUGUGGUCCAAUUUGGCUGUUGUAUUAAGAGUCCAAUUAAGAUUCAUUAAUUUCAUUUUAUUCAUUUGUAUGCUGCUUUAGCGAAUUGAAAGUAUAAUCACAUUAUUGCCUUUCAACUUGUGAA